GUGACAUUUACUGGUAUAUUUGAGGUGCUGCUGCCCGUGAAAGACCACCUUUGUACCCUUGGAAGCCUUGUUACAGUUAAUGGGAUUCCGCAGUGAUCUUGGCCAAUGUAUUGCUCCGCCUCUGCCUAGCUGUUUAACAGAAGUGGAUUGUGAAUUUAAGCCUUUGAUAACCUCAGGCUAUCAGCAUUACUGUCUUCAGGAUAGAUAACAGCUCUCAAAGCGUCUUCAGGGGAUGCACCAUGACAUCAGCAGUGAUUGAUACUGGAGGCCCUGGCCCGGAGUUUGACAGCAAUGGAAUAAGAAAUCAAGAGGAAAAUGAGCCAGUCUCUGAAUUCCCAGCAGUGAUUGUGGAGCCAGUUCCUAGUGCCAGACUAGAACAGGGUUACGCUGCUCAGGUCCUGGUUUAUGAUGACGAGACUUACCUGAUGCAAGAUGUAGCAGAGGAACAAGAAAUUGAGACUGAAACUGUGGAAACAGUGGAAGCAUCGGUUCAUGGAAGUAAUGUGCACUGCACGGAUAAGACAAUCGAAGCUGCAGAGGCCUUGCUUCAUAUGGAGUCUCCUACCUGCCUGAGAGAUGCCAGGAGUCCUGUGGAAGUUUUUGUCCCUCCUUGUGUGUCAACCCCAGAAUUUAUCCAUGCGGCCAUGAGACCUGAUGUGAUCACAGAAACUGUGGUGGAGGUAUCCACGGAGGAAUCUGAACCAAUGGAUGCAUCUCCUGUUCCAACUUCCCCUGAUAUCCAUGAACCAAUGAAAAAGAAAAAAGCUGGCCGUAAACCGAAGACCCAACAAUCGGCUAUAUCUGAUGGGUCUCCAGAUCUAGGUAUAAAGAAGAAACCUAGAGAAGGCAAAGGAAAUACAACGUACUUAUGGGAGUUUCUUCUGGACCUUCUCCAGGACAAAAAUACUUGUCCUCGAUAUAUUAAAUGGACUCAGCGAGAGAAGGGAAUCUUUAAACUUGUGGACUCGAAAGCUGUCUCCAAACUAUGGGGAAAACACAAAAACAAACCUGACAUGAACUAUGAGACUAUGGGAAGAGCUCUGAGAUACUACUAUCAAAGAGGAAUCCUUGCAAAAGUUGAGGGACAGAGGCUUGUAUAUCAGUUUAAGGAGAUGCCAAAAAACAUAGUUGUCAUAGAUGAAAGAGUGUCUUUUUCUGCAGAAAACCUUUUAAAAGCAGCAACCUCUGCGCGCGGAGGAAAAAAUUCCUCUCCGUUAAGCUGUACCAGAACAGAAAAAGCAGUCACCAGAGUUGUGAAUAUUGCCUCACCAGCACACGAUACAUCGUCAUCUCGUCCCUCAACUACCACUACUACUGUCCCAGCAACGACAGCUCCCAGGACUGUACGUGUGGCAAUGCAAGUGCCUGUUGUAAUGACUUCUCUGGGACAGAAAAUUUCAACUGUGGCAGUACAGUCAGUAAACGCAGGCUCACCGUUAAUAACCAACACAAGUCCAACAACAGCAACAACUCCAAAGGUAGUAAUCCAGACAAUCCCUACUGUGAUGCCAACCUCUGCGGAAAACGGAGACAAAAUCACAAUGCAGCCUGCCAAAAUCAUUACGAUCCCUGCCACGCAACUUACACAGUGUCAGUUACAAACAAAAACGGGCCUGUCUGGGUCAGGAAGUAUUAACAUCGUGGGAACCCCGUUGGCUGUUAGAGCACUAACCCCAGUGUCUAUAGCUCAUGGGACACCAGUAAUGAGACUAUCGGUGCCUGCUCAGCAGGCGUCUGGCCAGACUCCUCCCAGGGUGAUCAGUGCAGUUAUAAAAAGUCCAGAAGUUAAAUCAGACACAGCGGCUUUAAAACAGGAGCGUGAAGUGAAAACACUGCAGCUGGUAAAAGAAGAGAAGCCGGCAGAUGGAAGCAAGACUGUGACCCACGUAGUAGUAGUAAGCACGCCCUCAGCUAUUGCCCUUCCUGUAACAGUGAAAACAGAAGGAAUCCUAAAGUGCGAGAAAUGAAGAAUAGGUUUGCUUCCAGCAUGGACUUGUAGACUGUUACGGUUUUGAAUAUACUGACAUAAUGGGGGGCGGGAAGUGGAUGCGAUCCCCAAGUCGAAAAGGAGAGUUUUGAAAUGUUUAAUAAACAUGCGUAUGUUGAAGACUUACUGGAAAAAAAAUUAUUUUCCCGUGUUUCAGUGGGAAUUGAACCACAUUGAUAUGCUGACAAAAACUGCCUCUUCCAGUUGGGAAACAGCUGAACCUAUGGAGAAGGAAAGAUACAGGGACUGAAAAGGGACCAAACAGUUCACUACGUUACCCGUUACCACGUUACACUAAGACCUGGAACACUAAAAGAGAGUUGUGUGAGAGGUUUGCCUUGGUUUUUAGUUUUCAGGGGGAGAGGAAAGUCUCGCUGUUACAAAUGGCAAAUUUUGAUGCAUUUUAUAUGCAUACCAGCAAUUAUUACUGUGUGUCCACAGUACUCAACUGGUGCUAUGUGAAAAACUCUGCUCCUAGGUAUUGUAGAAUGUGAAAUAAAGGAGAAGAUUAAAGAGCUUCUAAAAGAAGACAGAGACCUAGAGGGAUUUUUGUAUCAUACAGCUUAAGCAGAUUCAAAAUGAAAGCCUUAGACUGAUUUUCAGUUACCUUUCUUGAAAUAAGCUAAUGGCUUGUUUGUGUAAAGCUUUUUUAUUAAAACAAAUUUUUUAAAAAUCUUGUACCUAGCACAGUAUUGUUAUAGAAUUACAUGUAACAUAUUUUGUAUGGUAGUUAAAAAAGUCUGUCUAAAUUUCUUAAUUGUGGACAAAAUAGCAGCAGGCUUUCCGCCUUCUGCUGUAACAUGCCUGUGUCUCUCACUUAGCCUUGACAUCCGUGCAUACAUUUCAGUUUCAGCUCUACUCUUGUCACUUGAAAGGUCACGCCCAGCAUGAGCUUUUGUCAGGUAGUUCUAAACCUGUAAAUUUUUUUUUUAGUUGAAGUUAAGAGGGAAGUACCAGUGUUCAGAAUGAACUAUAAUAGUUUGUAUAUUCAACAUUUGAAGUAUAUUCUAUUUUGUUGUACUCUUGUUUCAAAGUGUAUUCAAGUAGGUUUUACUGAAAUAUAGAAAAGAAAUUUAAUGGUG